UCAUUUUUUCUCGGGCUACGGAAUGUACUAGUGGAGUCCCUCACAGUUCAGCACUAGGACUUCCUCAUUUCUUAAUUUGUAUAAAUGACCUUCAGCAAGUAUAGCCCGAUUUUUUACUUUUCGCUGAGGAUGUGAAACUUUUGAGAGAUAUUUUCUACUGAGAUGAUAAGUCGGCACUUCAGGAUGACCCGACUCGACUUCAAGGUUGAGAGGACAACAAUGGACUCCCCUUUGACAGUUCAAAGUGUAUUUAUAGUGAAAAUUCAGAUUGUUGUAAUUACCAUACUUGUAGCUACAUUACUUUUAGCGAAACACGUUUUGGAAAGUAACAAAAUUUCAAGAGCGCCUAUUAUUUUGCUCAGAACGAUCACAUAACUCUUGGUGUUUAAGUCUAUAGUUUUAGUCAAGGUUUUAAAACUGUAGGUCGAGUGGUGCUCGUUGGGGCCAGGAUGGAGAAUAUCAGCGAUGAUGAACUGCGAUCAGCUUUGUCUAGAUAUUUAGAUGUUGUUCCACCAGUGACAGAAUCAACUCGAGCAACUUUGAUCGCUAAGCUGAAAAAGUGCAUAUCAAAUGGUUCUGAGAGUUUAUUAAAGGAUACUCCACAAAACGUCGUAGAUAAUCUUAUCAACGUAACAGAAGAUAGACCAAUACAGACUUUAAUUUCCGACAAUAAUCAUGAAUCACCGAAAUAUGAGACGACUGAGGUACUACAGAGACCCUUGUCUACUAAAGAACUAUCUGCAAGUUUUAUGAAUGGGUUACCAGUACAAAACCACUCAUCUCCCAUACUAGAAUGUGUUUCUCGACUUCCAAGUUAUCGUCGUCGAUCUAUACAUCCAGACCGACCAGGAAUAGAGGACCCCUACGCUGAUGAUUUGGCUUGGUUUCCAUCGUUAUCAUCAACAAAAUGUCGUGAACCGCCCAACAAACAAAAAGUGUUUCACAACACGAAAGGAAUCAUCAGGGAAAAUCUGAUAAAAUCUUUUUUGUAUGUCAUCAUUGGUUUGAUGUCUGUCAUUCUCGAUUGUUGCUUUUCCUCCCUCUCUAAAUUAACGAAUGCCGUAUCCACUUGUAUACCAUCUUUACGGAUCUGUCUUUGUGUCAUUUUAUUUGGACUGCUUUUAUGUGGACUGUAUAAGCUUCUACUCGGGGAUCCAUUUUAUCAUAAUCCCGUGGAAGAUCUAUAUAACAUCAUACAGUUUCCUUUUGUUAAGUAGGCAUUGUUUAUUUUAUACUGGGAUGACUUUGUAGUCCCGGUUCAACAUAUUUUAGUGUAUUUUUUAAAAUAGUUCUUUUCUAACCGUUUUGUACCAUACUGUUUACUUUUGUAUAUGUACUCAGUGUAAUAAAAUAUGAAUGUUCUGGU